AUGGUCUCCAUCCUAUCCUUCUUCCAGACCAAGAAGAAGGGUAAGAGAGCGAGGUCACGAUCCCCCUCUCCCACCCAGCAGCAGCGGCCCUCGUCCGCCCCUCGUCCAACUCAGCAGCCUACACCAAGUGGUACAUCCAAUACCAGUCGACCCACUCGAUUCCUCUCAUUGAGACAUAAAUCGGGCUCAUCAUCCUCGACAAAGCCAUACGAUCUCACAGGUAGAAGAGGAGGUACGAACGAGCUAACGAGGAAGAGAAGUAAAGGCAAGUCACUUGAGUCUAGCAAGCCCGACUUGACCAGUGCCUUCAUACCGAAGUUGGACCUGGGUUUUGAUAUACCCAGAACUGAAGAUGCAAUACAGAAAGAUUCUUUGGAUAUACAUGGUGUAGGAGAGAAGAUGGUCCUUCGUCAGCAGGAGAAAGAGGUUAUUAGUAAGCUGCAGCUGAGUGUAGAGGAAGUGAAGCUUGCAUGGGAAGUUAUAGGUAAAGCUCUUAGAGAAUCAGAUUUGAACCAACAUGGCCUGGUGCUACCUCUUCGACCCAACACAGAUCCCACCACUCAACUAUACCUGCUUGCUAUAUAUUGCCUCGUCAUACGUCCGGAUCUUCUAUCAAAUUUUCCAACCAUAGCUGCACAGUUCGCUCAGCCAACCUCCAACCCUUCUAGAAUAUGGCGAGAAAGACUCACCUCAAUCCUCAAAGACGGCGAGACAAGCUCUGAUCUUUCAGAAGUACUCAAAUACACCUUACGUCGUCUUCAACCCACUCCUCCCGAGCCACUGGUCGAUACUGGCUUGUACACCGCAUUCGUCAAAGCUGAACGCUCGUCUUCCUAUCCUCUUGAUGCUUUCGAGACGCUUCUCUCACCUCGACUGAAAACUGGAGUAGCGAAUUACCUGAAUGAAAUCUUCGAAGUGUGGUCUGCGGUGAUCACGCAUGCGGAGCAGAAUGCUAUGACGCCUGGAAGAUUGGCUCAUCUCCUUGGUUGGUGGACUUGGGGCUGUUCCACCGGGAAAUUCAAAUCAUGGGAAGAAUUAUAUAAGGAUUGGAAGAGUGCUGGUCAGAGGAUGGAACAUCUACUAUACGUCUGGAUAAGACAUCAGUCCACAAAGACGCAACUACCCACUCGUUUGCUUGAAGUUGUCCAGGACUACCCUUUUGGCGAGGCAUCAACAACGGCGGAUCAACCGCCAUCACCACCUCCAUCAUCAUUCCCCCGUCAGACUCUGCAUAUCACCUUGACUUCAUCUAUGCCUGUUACUGGGCUGUUCGACACCCCGGAGGAUAUCCUUUCAAGCUCGCUUUCGGCGAAGCUAAAUGAGAACGCUACUGCGCCCCUAUGGUCGGCUCUGAAAGCUGUAAAAGAUUUGGACUUGUCGAAGAUCUUGUCGACAGAUUCCAUGAAUUUCUUGGGACAGGUUACAGAACCCACAGAUAUACCAUCAACACCGUAUCCAGCUCAAAUGAGGUCUCCGAUACAGGUGAAUGUUACGCCUUCGGGUCAGCCCACAUCGAACGGAGGUACUUUCCGUGGUCGAUACCACUCUCACAGCGGAGAUUUAUCCUCUCCCGCCACCAAUGUAUCUUCUUCGACCACGUCACCUAACCUUUCAACGCUCCUGAAUGUCAGAGAAGAUGAUGAUUCACCCAAGUCUGUUAAGAAACAAGCAUCUCUUGGUGUACUGCCCAAGACCGGCGGUUCAGCAUGGGACGAUUUCCAGAAGUCCGGAUUCGGUGAUUCCCCUAAGACUGCCGGUAAACUCGAUUUAGCCUUCUCACCUGGAUCUACAAGUAAACCUAUCGUACCUCCUGCCUCGACCAUUCAGCUAGGAGCUAACAUCACAGAAGGGCCAGUGGCCAUGAAAAGAGCAACUUUCAGCGAUUCCAAAGGUUCAAAAGCAGUGUAUGGCAUUGCAAACGAAGAUGUUAUCGAGAUAGAUGAUACUUUCAUGGCGUUUGUGGAGGAUGCACAGCUUGACCGACCUAGUACCGCCUCCUGGCCGCCUUUCUCCCUUGUUCGACUUAAUCCUUUAGUCCAACCGCUCCAUUGUGAGAAAGUGAUCGAAUGGCUUCUUAUAACCGUCGUGCACCGUUCUCCUCGAAUACCUGCCCCUGAGCCCAUACCUCAAUCAACACAAGAACUUGAAUGGAACCGCCCGACUUCUCCUUCUUCUUCCAAAGCUGGUACACCCCGUGGAUUCAAGGGCAUCACCGAGUCGUUCAAGCGAUCCUCAUCUUUCCAAUCGGGUAUGAACCUUCGGCGGUCUUUCUUCGGUACUUCCGGCUUCUCACUGUCAAGACAUGUUUCGGAUGAAUUGGAUAAUUUACCUGAAAGUGAGAGUGACAAUGCUCAUCAGUUAAGAGCUCCUCUCUCCGCUGCUAGUCUUACACCUACAGAGUACACCAUCACGGAAAUGGGAGAGAUGAUAAAGAUUCCCUCGCCAAACGAAAAGGAGGAUGAAGCUGUUGUUGGACCCCCGGUAUCGGGUGGAGCUGGACCUUCUCUCGCAGCAGAGAAAGAGAUCGAUGCCGAUGUGGCCACUAUCAAGGGCAAACCUAUGGCCACCGGUCUCACCACCGGGCCAUCAGUCGAUACUUUGGCAUCUCAAUGGAAAUAUGCUGGCGAAGGAGCUGAACACAUCGUUUUCUCCCAUCGGGGUACAUUCUCAGAGUACAAUGGCAAGGUACUUCGUCUGAGGAAAUCGCAAUUUUUGGGCAAUUCACCAACUGAUCCGGGGUAUCGUCAAACCCUUAAUGAAUGGACAUUCAAUCUACUUCCUCAACUUGUUCCCUCAGAGUUGUUGAUACAGACUCAAGAGGUUAAUCUCGCUGAAGGUUGGGUGAAAGAUCUGUUCGCACAAGCAGAUGCCACUCGGCCUGAAGAAAGGAAACUACUAGGCGAUCUGAAGAGUCUAGUGGUAGGUGAAGCGAAAGGGGUGAUCAUGGAAGAUACAACUACGAAUGAAAAGAAAGAUGGCAUAGUCAAUCUAGCCUUUGAGAUUAAACCUAAAUGGGGCUUCUUACCUGAUGCGUCUACCAUCGUACCGCCCGAAGCUGCCGAAGUAAAAUCUAAACAUUGUCGAUUCUGCAUGCACCGUCAUCUGAAGGGCCACGACUCGUCAGCAGAAUGCAAGUUCUGUCCUCUAGAUCUAUAUUCGGGUGAGGAAGUCAGGAUGAAAAAAGCCAUCAAUGGUCUGUGGGGAAUAUGGGAGCAGAGUCAGGGAAAGGAGAACAAUUGGAGAGUGUUUGUCAAUGGAGAAAGGAUCAGUCCUGAUAAGAGUGAGAACGUUGCAAAAUACUUUGAUGGUGGACACAGCCUGGCAGAUUACAUUGCCUCAUCCAUUAUUCCGAUCCUCAACAGCUCUCAAGUCUUCCAGACCCUCAAAACCCUACAAUCGACUCUUGAUCCCACUGAUAUAUCAGAUCUGGCAUCUCGAUUUUCUUCUGCUCAUCCCGAUGCAGGACUCUUCGACCCAGCUCUCAUACCUUCUCCCACAUCAGCCGAAUUAGAAGAAUUCAUCAAACUCUAUCUUUCUUCUCCCGAAGCGGGGAAGACCGGCGAUGCUUGGACUUUGAGACAGAGGAUGAUAGGAUUCGCUUUAUCAGCCAUUUUCAAAGAUUGUUCAGUCUUUGUGAAAUUCACGCUCGCUUCGUCUUCUCCCCCUCUCUCGCCUUCAACUGAGAAAACAGAGGAAAAAUGGAGCUUGGUGGAAGGUAGUGGCAAAGUCAAAAUCAUAGAUUUGGAUUUGAAACCGAUUCAGAAUUUGGGUAAAUGGAGAAUUACAGAUGAUAAAAUUUGGAAAUAUUGGUUAGAUACUCAUCCGUCUUCCACACCAACCACAACCAAACCCGAACGCGAUACCCAGAAGAGUGACGACGCAGUUACAGAGGAAGGAGGGCGAACGUUAGAUAUCGCAAUUCGACAUAAAGCUAUUUCAGGGUUGACAUUAAGUGGAAUCUCAGAAGUUGGAUCUACUAAUACUUCUGAUGGAGCUCCAACCAGAGCUUUGUUCAUUCCUACUCCUGAUAGGAAGAGGGAAAAUAACCCUUUACCUACUCCUGCGCUGGUCACUGCUGGAUCAAGUAUGGAAGAUUCACUUGACCCAGUUGACCCCCGGAGUGACCAGAAUCAUCAAUCAGAGUCACCAGUGGAAGAUCGAGGUAGUUCUGUGCCUCAAGCUGUUGAUGAAGCGAUUGAACCUAGGAGGACGAAACGGUCGAUGGCUCCUUCACCUUCACCUCCUCCAUCUCCUGCUCUUGACAUACCAGAACAAGAUGAAGAUCGAUCAAAGGAAACCCCAAAAAUGCUGAAAGACGAUGUAUCGCCCGAAAUUCCGCUUGAUAAUGAAAGUACGGCUCAAGAUCAUCAGCAAGAAAGGGAUAUUCUCAUGCCCCCAACUCUUCAUGACGAUGAAAACGUAGGAAAACCCCAGAAGACAGAUGAAUCCUCCAGUAUAAUCGGAGCUGGUUUAGCCGGAUUGGGAACUGUUGUUGGACUAGCUGCGGAAGCUGUCCAUGCUAUAGUGGAGGAGUUCACGGAGCCUCAGCCUGAAAAGGGACAAGAGAGGGAGCUCGUGAAGGAUGAUGCCCAAGUCGACGAUCAGAGCAAAGCGGUAACCUCAAUCGAGCCAGACGGUGUUCUCGCUUCGGAAGUGCGCCAAGCUACCAACCCUGUGGAAGAGCCUGCUUCCACCGAACAACGUGUGGACAAUAUCGACACUCAAUCUAUUUCUGCUGUUGAUAAUGAGCAUGACGGCCAGGGUACCAAUCCAUUCGCACCGAAUGAACAGCUCAAUACCGAUAACAUCAUCUCAUCAGAGCCAGCCGUUGUACAUGAAAUGCCAAACGAAGAAGAAGCUGAGGAAUAUCAUGAGCAUACGCCUCAAGCCGAAGCAGAUCGCGUCAACGUCGAACCAGACACCCCUCAAGCUGAAUUAGAAAAUUUCUAUACUCCUGCCGAAACUCCUUUGAUCUCUCAACCGCCUACUUUCGAUAUACCUGCAAACCUUCCAGCUCCAGUGGAAACAUCUGACUCUUUGGAACUCCCUUCCUUGACCGAAUCGUCCGAUAUGAUCAAUGAUGUUGCUCAGGAAGUAUCAGAUCAGGCAGAUCAAGUUGAUACAGCAUCAACAGCUGAUACACCAGAAGUGACGAUUAUACCCAUCGAGGAUGCUACACCGAAACGAGAUGGAGAUGAAGCAGUAUCCGACUCGUUUGAGGAUCAGGGGGAUAGUGCACCUGUUCCGAUCAAGAUUGAAGAUACUUCGACUGAGCAGAACAAUGCAGUUGUCGUACCUGCCAGCACCGAAAUUAAUGCCGACACCCCCUUACAGUCCGUUGACUCUCCCGAAGCUGCCGCCUUCAAGACCGGUAUUCCCGCUUCGCUAAUUUCUACCACAAAGGAUCCCGCUGUAUCUCGAGAUCUUUCUAGUCAAGAUGUGUCUGCACCUCCGCAGGAUCCACCCGAGCCACCGGUCGCGGCAGCGCUUGCCGAAGAGAAUUCCUCACUCGAGGUUGAUGGACAUCCAGCAGAUCAAGUGCCUCAUGACGAAGCCGAAGCUGAAGGUGCCCCCAUGACUCAACAUUCUUCUGCGCCUCCUCCUGUAACGAAUGUCGAGAUCCCAGCUAAUCAAUAUGAGGUAUCCUCAUCGUUGGGUCUUGCUCCGGUAGAACCUGAUCAUCCCCACGAACUUUUAGAAGACGAAAAAACUGAGAAUACUUUGGGCCCUAACGAUGAUGUACAAGCUUCAGAACCUCCCAACGAACCUUCGGCCGGGAUCAGUGCCCCGCCUCACUCAGGUCUUGGUCUUGCUGAAGCGACUUCGAACGAAACAGCGAAGGUGUCAGAGAUUCCACCCAUUCUAGGUCAACCGAUCAACUCUACGACUAUAUCCUUCUCGAAUAGUGAGCUAUCUUCCGACAACCAACCUAUCAUCUUUGAAGAUCCAACCGAGUCACAAGAUCACCUUUCUCCACUUGUAUCGGACCAUCACCAAGCGGAAGAACCAGUUUAUGACCAUCAUGAUCUGUCGACGAUCUCUGAAGAUGGUGAAUCAUCUGCACCUAGUUCCACAGACAUGUCGAAGGAUGCUAGUCUACCUACCACCGAUGAUGGUGAACAGUGGGUCGAGGAUGCUCAGCCUUCGCAAGAACAAGAGGAAGAGGAGACUCCCAGAGCUAUACAUGAGAUUUUGGUUGAAGAGGUCAACGUGCGUCGACCUGUGGAUGAGAGAGAAGGUAGACUCGAGGAAGAAGAAGGCAAUUAUGAAAGCGUAAGCGAACCUGUUCAUGAGAUACCGACGAAUGUGAAACCUGCAGGAGCUUCGAAUGAGAAUGGCAUCACACCAUCGGAAUCUACCUCAAUUGUCAAACCAGCUGGAGAAGAAGUGAAGAUUACUGAAUCUGUGGUUAAUCCGAGAUCAAAUGCAUCAGACGAUGCUGGAGUUUCGCAUCUAGUCGAGAAAGAAUAUUUACAUGGAAUCACUCCUCAACCUUAG